AUGGAAGCAACUGAGUUGGCCAAUCCCACCACUAUCCCCAUCUUCACUUGGCCCCUCUUCGGAAUAGGACGCCUCGCAUUACACCGACGCGAAAAGUCGCCGGCGUUCAUCAUCCUCCCCGACGCGGCAGUGGCUGUGGAACUCUCCAUCUCUGGGCCCAGAUUCUAUGUAGUUGGUUUCUCCAUGGGUGGCCAGGCCGUCUGGGGUUGCCUCAUAUACAUCCCUCACAGGCUAGCCGGAGCGGCGUUAUUAGCUCCGGUUGUUAAUUACUGGUGGAGAGGUUUUCCUGCAGGGCUAUGUAAUCAAGCAUACUACCACCAACAGUUUCGGCGAGACCAAUUUCGUGUUUCUCACUACACCCCUUGGCUUACUUCUUUUUGGAACACUCAGAAAUGGUUUCCCGGUUCAAGUGUUCUUGCUCGCAGCCUAGAUGUUCUUUCUCAACAGGACAAAGAGCUCCUCCUCAGGCCUCCUCCUACCAAAAAGAUGCCGUAUAAUAUGGACCUGCCAGCGCAGCAAGGAGAACCCGAGUCCGUUCACCGUGACCUGAAGGCUGGAUUUGGGACCUGGGAAUUUAGUCCUCUCCAGGAUCUGGAAAACCCUUUUCCGAACAACGAAGGUUCUGUUCACCUGUGGCAUGGAGAUGAAGAUCUGAUGGUUCCUGUUACUCUGGAACGUUACAUUGCUCAGCAACUUCCCUGGAUUCACUACCAUGAGAUAAAAGGUGCUGGACACUUCUUCCCACAAGCUCCUGGGAUGUCUGAUGCUAUUUUCAAGGCACUUUUAACUCCUCCUGAGAAGAAGUAA